UGUUUUGUCGAUACUUCCGCGGUCACACUGGUUGUUUUUUCCAAUCUAGAAAAAAAUUUGUAAAAACAUUUUAAAAAACAUUUAAAAUGGCUCGUACUAAGCAAACAGCUCGUAAGUCGACGGGAGGCAAGGCUCCACGCAAGCAGUUGGCCACCAAGGCUGCCCGUAAAUCCGCCCCAUCGACUGGCGGCGUAAAGAAGCCACAUCGCUACCGCCCAGGUACUGUUGCCCUGCGUGAGAUCCGUCGCUACCAGAAGAGUACCGAGCUGCUCAUUCGCAAGCUUCCAUUCCAACGCUUGGUGCGUGAAAUAGCCCAGGAUUUCAAAACCGAUUUGCGUUUCCAGUCUGCUGCCAUUGGCGCCUUGCAGGAGGCUUCCGAAGCGUACUUGGUGGGCUUGUUCGAAGACACCAACUUAUGCGCCAUCCACGCCAAGCGGGUUACAAUCAUGCCAAAAGACAUUCAGCUGGCCAGGCGUAUUCGGGGCGAGCGCGCCUAAAUGCGGCAUCCGCCAUUUUUGAUCAGAAAUGCGGUGGCGGCGACGACAAAGGUAGAAGAAAGAAACACAGUCCUGGCCGCCGAUGCCGCAUAGUAGUUCUAUGAGUUUGUUUAAGAUAUGUCAAUACUUAUCUAUAAGUAAAGAUCGGAAGGAGAAAUAAAGAGAAAUGCGCGGUUUUUUUUUUGUGAAAAACUGCUCCAAAUAAAAA